AUGGUUCUUUCGCCGCAUUUGCCGCCUCUGCAUCGCUCCCAAGUCCGGAUCGAUCGCAGCGAAUAUGAACGUCUUCUGUUGGUGGCAUCGAAAUAUGAAAGUCUAUGCCAGCAUCUUAUCCGAGGGGGGGUAGACACAGACACCAUCGAGAUCCUUAGCAAGAACCAUGACCCCCAAGAUUACGAAAACGAUUCAUUCAAUCGCUCCGGCAGCCCUGAUGAUGGACAAACAGACUCUUCACCCACCAGCACGGUUGUAAAUUAUCGCGGCAGAUCACACUCAACAGGCGGUCACCAUUACCCGGUCAGGAAGCACACUUGCCUUGCCCCUGAGAGCGACACCGAAUCUGAAGUCUUCUCUGAGUCCAUCAUAUCGAAUGAUCGGAGCUCUCUGGACCCCGACGACUCGGCAUCUGUUGUAGCUACUCGACAUUCGUACGAGCAAAAUGCCCGGAGGACACUGCAGCUUAGCGACUUGCCUCCCAGCACCUCACGUGCCGAUGUUGUUGCUGUUGUUCGCGGCGGCCCGGUCGUGGAUAUCUACUUCAACUUCAAAGAACAGCGAGUCUCAGUGUCAUUCGUUCAUGGUGAUCAUGCUCGAAAGUACUACGAUUAUGCUCAAGCAAGCGGCGUGUACAUCCGAGGAUCCAUUAUCAACGUCUCGUGGAGCAUACGCCAAUUCAUCCUUGCGCCAUAUGUAUCCCAGCAGUUGCGUGGAGGGGCAUCUCGAAAUCUCGUUGUGCGACAUUACGAUCGCCGGAUCACAGCCGAGUCUAUUCGUGCGGAUCUCGAACAUAUCCACAAUCUCUCUGUCAUCAACGUCGAGUUUUCUGGACUAGACUGCUACAUUAGCAUAAACUCUAUUACCGCUGCGAGUUUUGCGCGCACUUGCAUGAUGAGUCGUCUUCCAUAUAAAGGAUCACGCAUUGAGUGGGCUCCAGAUGAAUGUAUGAAGUCCCUAGGCCAGCUGAAGUCGAAGAUAGGGAUGCGAACAUGCAUGGCUCAAACAAGGGCCAACUUGAACCGAUUCUCUCUGCUCGAUAUUGGCGAAGACAGGGAGAAUGAAUUUGCAACAUCGUAA